AUGUCCUAUUUGGCCCAAGAAAGAUGCUGGCACGCUGUAUCAAAGAGUCUGGAAAAGAAUAUGUCAGCCUUUCCUACCUCCGGGACGAGGAGAAACACAGACCACGAUGACGGAGACCCACCAGAUGUGCGCAGGAAGUGGCCAUCCAGUGCUGGAGAGGACCGGGCCAUGCUGCUGGGGUUUGCAAUGAUGGGUUUCUCUGUCCUAAUGUUCUUCGUGCUUGGAGUAACCGUCCUGAAGCCCUUCUUGGUCAGAGAGAAGAAUCGAACUGCACUAUCAUCCUUGUGCACAUCAUGGACGACUGGAUAUGGACUGCUGAGGUCAGGGCAAGUACCCGUGUCUCCAGGUGUUGGUGAACCUCACCCAUUCAGGUCAGAAAGUGCUCCUACAUUAUAA